AAACAGCACAUUCUCCACUAAACCUUCGAUAUUCCCAAGACGAGUAAAACGUGGAAUAUUUAUGAAUUUCGAUAGAGAUCGAGAUUUACAGCAGGAAAAAGUUCCAGAUUUACAGCCUAACAACGAAAACAUAUUGUUGAGUUCCGGUUCUACCAAGGAAGACUUAUGGAACAUCAAGGUAGUCCUGUCGGGAUGUUUGUUAGUCAUAACUGUUCUAGCUCUGGUUUUGUUUGUAUAGUAUUUCGAAAGAGAUUGGACUAUAGACUUUACAGAAUACGACAACAUUUAAAACAACGAAACCAGCGCCGCAAUAAAAAUCAUAUCUUGCUAGAAGAUAAACGCUAUGAUGUAUAUUUGUCGUAUGCAGAAAGCGACUAUCCAUGGGUAUUAAAUCAUUUGCUUCCGUACAUCGACAACGAAGAAAUGGAUGAAAAUCAUGCUUUUGGCGGAAAUUUUAAAACAUAUUUUAGUGAUAGAGAUGCUCAUCAAGGACUAACAGAGAUUGGUAAUAUGUGUCAAAAUAUUGAAAUGAGUAAAAAUUGUCUUAUUAUUUUAUCCCGAAACUACACACAGAAGCCUUUACAUUCUGUUGAAUUAGACCACAUGUUAUUGUGCAAGGAAGAUUCAAUCAUUCAGAAAAUUAUACUUGUAAUGAUAGAGGAACUAAAAUUUGAACAAAUCCCAGUUGCCUUGCAUCGCAAAAUAAAGAAGGAGGAGGUCCUUCGAUGGGAACAUGGUCAAACUAAGGAAAGACAAUUUCAGAGUGACUUAGUAUGGGCUCUCCGGCGUAAUUAAUGCAAAAGUCAGUGUUACGAGGGUUUUUUUUAUUUUUAUAAAAACACACACAAAGCAGCGA